GCAGCGCGGGGAGGAGCCUGCUUCUCUCGGGGGCUUCAUUCCACGGCUGCAGCUUCUCCCCUCGAACGAGCCUCGGCGGCCUCGCCCUCCCUCCCCCGCCGGCGCUGGCCUGACCGGUUGGGAUCAGUUUGAGGGUACCGUUGGAGAGUAAAAGCUGACAUUAAAUCUAAUAUCCCAUCCUAUCUGUUGGCUUGGUUGGUGGCCUGCACCUUGGCAGGACAGAAAGAAGGGGUCGGCUCUAAGGAAGGAUGUGGUCCAAUCAGAGAAACAAGCUCAGAAAGGCCAUCCAAUUUUCCCAGUCCUCUGACCUAUAUGUUAAAGGACAGGGGUCAGAAUUUGUGGUAAUGACUCAAGAAGCAUCUACAGACAGAGAUUUCCCUCUGAGUUCUUGUUCAGCAGGUGACAGCAGCAUCAUGGUGAAGAUCAAAUGGGAGAAGCAGGAGUGGCUUCCCCAGGCCCUGGAGGCUCCUGCGAUUCUGCCAGAGAAGGACAAGGAGAACAUCUUCCAGCAUGCUCUGGGUCAUCCAGUUCGCCAGGCUUUGGGGAAAUCUCGAGCCCCAGGAGGGUGGGAGGAGGCCCAAGGCCCUGGCCGAAUUCCCAGUGCUCAGUGGUUGGGAGGGUCAGCUGGCCGUGGGUCCACAGCAGCCCCCACACCUCUUGGCCCACAGUUUCCAGUAGGGGAGGGACACUUUACAUGUCCAGACUGUGGGAAGAGGUUUAGUUGGUGGUCUUCACUCAAUAUCCACCAACGUACUCAUACAGGAGAGAAGCCUUAUCACUGUGGCAAGUGUGGCAAGAGUUUCAGCCAGAAGCCAAACCUAGUUCGGCACCAGAGACACCACACUGGUGAACGUCCCUUCCACUGCUCUGAGUGCGAGAGGCGCUUUAGCCAGAAACAACAUCUGCUCAAACACCAGAAGACGCACUCCCGCCCUGCAAUUCAUUCCUGCCCUGAGUGUGAGCGACGCUUCCGCCACAAAGUUGCCCUGCGUGUCCACCAGAGGACCCAUGCCCGUGACCGUCAGCUGGCCCGCGCUGAGCUGCAGAAGCUGCUCAGAGACAAGGUUACCCGGAAGCCCCGCCGGCCUCCCUCAGCAUCACGAGAACUGCCAGGGUGUCCCUGGGUGGAAGCUGGUGGAGGGUGGAGGCUGGGAUCACCUGCUAAGGCUCGGACCUCUGCUGCUGGGUCCGGGGAGCAGCGCCAGUUCAUCUGUAAUGAGUGUGGGAAGAGUUUCACGUGGUGGUCAUCUCUGAACAUUCACCAACGGAUCCAUACAGGGGAGCAGCCGUAUGCUUGCCCAGAGUGUGGGCGGCGCUUUAGCCAGAAGCCCAAUCUGACUCGGCACCUCCGUAACCACACGGGCGAACGACCCCACCUGUGCCCUGAUUGCGGCAGGGGCUUUCGUCAAAAGCAGCAUCUGCUCAAACACCAGCGCACACACCGAGUUGGGGAGAAGGCUUCCCUGUGCCCUGGUUGUGGGGAGAGCUGCCCUAGCCGGGCAGCCCUGCGAGCCCACCAGAGGGCCCAUGCUGCUGCCGAGCUGCUCCACGGGGCAGCCCUCCGGGGCCGGAUGGUGGUGGCCGUGGCCAGUGUGGAACCAGGGUCAGGCUUAAUGCCGGCUUCGGAGUAUACCCUGGGCUUCCCUCUGCAGCCACCGCCAGCUUCCCAGGCCCUGCAAGGGAACGAGCUUGUCUUGCUGGACGGAGAGCCACGCUGGGGCCGGGGCCGGGGCCGGGGCCCAGUAGGCAUGUCCCAGGCAGCAGGAGGAGCCCCUUCAUCUGGCACUGCUGAGCAGCGUCAGUUCAUCUGCAACGAGUGUGGCAAGAGCUUCACCUGGUGGUCUGCGCUCACCAUCCACCAGCGGAUUCACACGGGGGAGCGGCCCUACCCUUGCCCAGAUUGUGGGCGUUGCUUCAGCCAAAAGCCCAACUUGACUCGGCACCAGCGGAACCAUACAGGCGAGCGGCCUUAUCUAUGUGCUGAUUGUGGCAAGGGCUUCAGCCAGAAGCAGCACUUGCUUAAACACCAUCGUGUCCAUAGAGCAAGGGGCCAGGUGGUGCUUGCUGCUGCGCACAGCAUCAAGGAGGAACCUUAACGGAUGGGGCUGAGACUCAGGAAGUCUCUGUACCAGGGGAUUGUGUGCAUGUGUGUGUAGGGGAGGGGGGGGAUGGGCAGGGGUUAUAGUUGACCUACUUGCUUGGACAGAAGACCCUUGAGAGCAGUAACUUUCCUGGUUUCUUCCUGACCCUAACUCAAGAGGCAGAGUUUUCUUCAAUGCUUAGAAACUCAUCCUCUAAACAGCAGGUGGAUGAGUCCUGAAAUGACCUGGUAACUUGAGUACAGUGGGGUUGGGGUAGGCCAGGUAACAUUAACUCCAGUGAUUGACUUCUCCCUGUUUUUCUUCCCAUCCUUUUUUUUUCAGGGGACACACAGUGACUCUAGAUGGAGGUAGCAUCCUAGGGAGGAACGUUCACAAAUACUUGUAGAAGUUCAAAGGCAUGGGAAGCCUAGGAUGAAGGCCAAAUUGGUUUUAGCCAGGUACUAAUGUGGACCAUCCUGCUCUUUACUGGCCUAGAGAAUGGGUACUCCAAAGAGAAGGAGUCUCCAAAGCUACACUAAGAUGCAUCAUUAAUAUUGGAAGUCAGAAGUCUUCUAAUGAUACAGAUGGGAAGAGGGAUCUGUCCUAGCCUGUCCCACAUAGACCUGUUGGAAGGCCUGGUCCAAGAGCAGUGAGGAGGUGCCUGAUUGGGGUUUGAUACUAUAGAGCAGGGGUCCUCAAACUUUUAAAAUAGAGGGCCAGUUCACUGUCCCUCAGACUGUUGGAGGCCCGGACA